ACGUCUUUUGUUGUUAUGUGCACGUUGACGUCGUCUUCUCCCGCCGCGUGCGCGAUGACGCAUGUUCUUGCGCAGAGAGAUGGAGGCCUUUGGGUGACUGCAAGACAGACGCGAAAAGAAAGAGACUAGAGAAACUCCCAAAGUAAGAGUGGAGAGCAGAGUAGUUCACACCGAGGACUGUGCACAGUACCAGGGACCGGCCCAGGAGAACCUUCCCGGGGACAGAGUCGCAGAUAGAGUGGCUGUGCUGACCCCUAGGUGUGCUCACCAUGGCGACGGACAUCACCUCCCCGCCCCGGUUCUUCCACAUGCCGCGGUUUCAGCACCAGGCUCCACGGCAGCUCUUCUACAAGCGGCCCGACUUUGCCCAGCAGCAGGCCAUGCAGCAGCUCACCUUUGAUGGGAAACGCAUGAGAAAGGCAGUGAACCGCAAAACCAUUGACUACAAUCCUUCCGUCAUUCGCCACAUCGAGAAUCGUCUGUGGCAGAGAGACUAUCGAGAUCUCCGAGUCAUCCAGCCUGAUGCUGGCUAUUACAACGAUCUUGUUCCUCCAGUGGGAAUGCUAAAAAACCCCAUGAAUGCAGUCACCACCAAGUUUGUCAGAACUUCUACCAACAAAGUCAAGUGCCCUGUUUUUGUCGUCCGGUGGACCCCCGAAGGCAGGCGCCUGGUUACUGGGGCCUCCAGUGGAGAGUUCACACUAUGGAAUGGACUGACCUUCAACUUUGAAACCAUCCUACAGGCCCACGACAGCCCUGUGCGAGCCAUGACCUGGUCCCAUAAUGACAUGUGGAUGCUGACAGCGGACCAUGGUGGCUAUGUGAAGUACUGGCAGUCCAACAUGAAUAACGUCAAGAUGUUCCAGGCGCACAAGGAGGCGAUUAGAGAGGCCAGUUUCUCACCCACGGAUAGUAAAUUUGCCACUUGCUCUGAUGAUGGAACUGUUCGCAUCUGGGACUUUCAGCGGUGCCAUGAGGAGAGAAUCCUGCGAGGGCACGGAGCAGAUGUGAAGUGUGUGGAUUGGCAUCCUACAAAAGGGUUGGUGGUUUCAGGAAGCAAAGACAGCCAGCAGCCAAUCAAAUUCUGGGAUCCAAAGACAGGACAGAGCCUCGCGACGCUACACGCCCAUAAGAACACCGUCAUGGAGGUGAAGUGGAAUUUGAAUGGUAAUUGGCUGCUCACUGCAUCACGUGACCACCUGUGUAAGCUAUUUGAUGUGCGCAACCUGAAGGAGGAGCUACAGGUCUUCCGGGGGCACAAGAAGGAGGCUACAGCCGUGGCCUGGCACCCGGUACAUGAGGGCCUCUUUGCCAGCGGAGGCUCUGAUGGGUCCCUGCUCUUCUGGCACACGGGUGUUGAAAAGGAGGUGGGGGGCAUGGAGAUGGCCCAUGAAGGGAUGAUUUGGAGCUUAGCCUGGCACCCACUGGGUCACAUCCUUUGUUCUGGCUCCAACGACCACACUAGUAAAUUCUGGACUAGAAAUCGCCCCGGGGAUAAAAUGAGGGACCGAUAUAACCUGAACCUCUUAUCGGGAAUGUCAGAAGACGGGGUGGAGUAUGAUGACAUUGAGCCCAACAGUAUGGCUGCCAUCCCAGGAAUGGGGAUCCCAGAGCAGUUGAAGAUGGCCAUGGAACAAGAGCAGACUGGUAAGGAGGAGCUGGAUGAAGUGGAGAUGACGAUCCCCGGUCUGGACUGGGGGAUGGAGGAGAUGAUGCUGAAAGAUCUGAAGAAAGUUCCUCAGAAGAAAGUGCCCUACGCCAAGCCCAUCCCAGCACAGUUCCAACAGGCCUGGGCAGAGAACAAGGUGCCAGCGCUGCCCCCCGGGGAGGUCCCGAAAGAGAGGAAGGACGAGAAGAAGGUAGACUUGAAAAAGAAAACGCAAGCUGAGAUUGAGCAAGAAAUGGCAGCCCUACAGUACACCAACCCGCUACUCUUAGAGCAAAUGAAGAUUGAACGGAUGGCACAAAAGCAAUCGGAGCAGGGGCCUCCCCCCCCACAGGGUGCCAUGCCCCCCUUCCCAGGUCAAGGGCCCAUGCCCACUCCUCUACAAGGCUUCCAGCCAUCACUCCCGCCUCAGCAGAUGCCCCCCAACAUGCCUCCUAUGGGUCCCACUGGCCCACAGGGACCUUUCAUUCCCCAGGGACAAAUGGGCCCUCCCGGACCCCAGCACCACCAGGGCCCCCCAGGUCCACAGGGCUUCAUGGGGCCCCAGGACAUGCAUGGGCCUCAGGGCAUGCAGAGGCACCCAGGCCCUCAAGGGCACAUGGGGCAUCAGGGGCCACCAGGGAUGCCUGGCAAGGGGAUGCACGGGCCUCCUGGCAUGCCCCCUGGACCGAGAGGGAUGCCUGGACUGCCUCCGGGGGGAAUGCAGGGACCCCCAGGAGGCAUGAUGGGUCCCCCACCCCGUGGAAUGGGGCCACAAAACAAUCAGGGACCCCAUCCCCAAGGAGGCAUGAUGGGCCCCCAGGACAUGAGAAUGCCUCCAACACAGGGAGGCAUGAUGGGCCACCCUCCACCACAGGACAUGAGAGGCCACCCUGGGCCACCAAUGCAAGGGGCAAUGAUGGGGCCUCCUCCUAUUGGGCCACAGGGACAGCAGAACCCCUCCAGGGUGCCCCAAGGCCCGCAUGGACACAGCAACAUGCAGGUACCUGGGGGCAUGCAUGGGCCUGGGAAUAUGCAGGGUCCUGGGCACAUGCCGGGGCAGGGAAACAUGCAAGGACCUGGCACCAUGCAGGGGCCACCCCCGUUCAUGCAGCAAGGCAAGCCACCCCUGUUGGGUGAAGGGCCUAGACCACCAUUCAACCAGGGAGGACAGAAUCAAGGGCCGCCUCCAUUGAUGUCUGGAUUGGUGCAGCAGGGACCAGGUCCCAACAGCAAAGGUGAUGGUUUGCUAGGCCCCGCCCCCGGACCCUUGUUUGGGGCCCCUUGCCCCGCCCAGGGCGGAAUGACGUUCCAGCCACACCAAGGAAUGGGGAACAGUCGGCAGCCAGGGCCCAACAACAUGGGGGGCUCUUCGCCUAUCCAGCAGCCCCCAGGACAGCCAGGAGACGCUCGCGGCCCCCCAAACCACCACAUGGGCGGUCCUCCGGAUCGACGGGGUCCCGAAGGGGGUAUGGGUCCGGACCAGGGCUCGGAGAGGGGAGCCUCUUAUUGGGGGGAGUCCCGUGACGGCCGUCGAGGCCCAGCCGCUGAAUUUGAGGGUCCGGAUGAGCGGUUCCACCCGCAGGGAGGGGAGGGCUGGCGGCAGCAGCCCACGCAGCAGCAGCCCCAGCGUGGACAGAACCAAGAGUUCCGUGAUGGGGAUGGACGGGGCCACCACAGAGGGGGCCCCCAAGGUGGCUGGGAGGGGCGACGACACUCUGAAGAGAGGUUUCCACGUGACAGCGAGGAUCCACGAUACAGGGGCCGCAGAGAAGAAAGGUUUGAUAAUUAUGAGGCACCCGAUGAGGAAUUUGACCCGCAGCAGCAGCGACCGAGAGAGCAGCAGAGGCCCGGGCGGCACAGCCAGGAGUUUGAGCACGAGCAAGCUGAUGAAUCGUCUGACGUGAGUAAAGCAGGCCUGUUUCCCGGCAGGUUCCACAGAGGAGGAGCCUCUCGACAGGAGGGUCGAGGUGGGCGGGGCUACUCGGAGGAGUUUGUUGGCAAGGAUUUCGAGGAGGAGAAAGGAAGGGGUUGGGAUACUGGAGGAAGAGGGCGUGGCCGUGGAACACAAAGAGGAGGAGGGCGAAAGGGUCUGCUUCCUACUCCAGAUGAGUUCCCGCCUCAUUUCGAAGGGGGGCGCAAACCUGAAUCCUGGGAAGGAACACGAGAUCAGGGCAAUGAGCACUUCCGGGAUGGCCUGCGCCCAGAGCACUCUGCCCGGGACAGCGCCUCCCCGGCCAGCAGGGAGCGCUCCUCCUCUCUGCAGGGCAUGGACAUGGCUUCCCUCCCUCCUCGCAAGAGACCCUGGCACGACGGGCCCGGGACAGUGGACCCCAGGGAACGAGAUUCCCCAGGAGGGGCUCCUGAGGAGAGGCCUGCAGUUCGAGGAGGCGGCUCUUCCCAGCGCAACAUGAAGCGGUCGAGUUCUCAGGACGGGGAGCACCACCGUGAGGAGGCCAGCUACACCCGCGGGGGAGGAGGCCGGGGCGGGCCUGGCUGGGGGAGAGGAGGAGGAGGGAACAUGAACAGCUCCAGCCAACCACGACGAGGUCCGUCACGUGGAUCAUCGAGAGGGGCGCGAGGCCGGUAGGGCCACGAGAACUGUUUCACCUCAACACCACUGAGAGGACACCCGAGUUUGAACUGGAAACCAUGCCACUGGGGACUGGGCUGGGUGGGGAACCAGCAUUUUUCUGGAAUAUGGUACUGGCUGCUGGGACACCUGAGGGGGGCUGGUCUGUGGCAGCCUCUCCCCUAUAGUGCACACACUCAGGGCAGCUCACACAUGUAUGCAGGGGUGUACUCUGUGUGGGGGUCCUUCACGACUGGAACCAAGCUGUCACUUUUUCAUUCAUAUAGAAUCUCUUGGACUCUGCUCAUAUAAUAUAUAGUUCUGUGUGCGGCAAAUACCCUUUUCUCUAUUCAUCUCUCUUUUAUUUAGUUCUAUAUUUGUUCUAAUCUUGCAAAGGUUAUUAUAAAAGUAGGUACACACAUGGCUAUCUUUAUCCUGCUCGUUGUCUUGUUCAGUUUCACCUCCAGUCUUUUUUUUCUUUUUUUUUGUUCCUGCAGCAGACCUCCUCCCCCAGUCCUGACUACAGUCUUUCUUCCAGAGUCUCGCACAGUGAAAAUACAUUCAGGUUUCAGUUGCUGCAGAGCAUUCCAAGCACACUAGAGUUCAAUAACGUACUCAAAAGUCACAGAUGCAUCAUAUUUUUAUAUUUAGAUCUGUAGUAAAAUUCUAUUGUACUGCAAAAUAAGCCGUGGUGAAUACAUUACUCAAAUAAGGAUGUGUGUGCUAGCUCUGCCUCUGACGAGCUGAGCCAAAAGCCGCUCUGAGCCAAUUCUGAGACCCAGUCCCUAUUCACAUUUAUUAAUGAACUUCUUUCUGUUUUGCCAAUCUGAAGAGACAGAAGAAGUGGGUGAUAAAAUGACAAGAAUCCUAAUAUACUUUAUUUAUGCUUUAUUUAUCCUAAAGUUUGAAUAAAGCAAGUCAGGAUUUUCUGCGAUUUUUUUAGUUGUACCAAACAGUAUUAAGGCAUCUAUAAAGCAAAUUUUACUUAUACUAGCUAACACACUGUUUGGCAUUACGAAAGUAAGUAUGCCUUUUUUUGACUGGCCUGUUUUCUUCCCAGAUCAUUUCCCCAGUGCCAGAAGACGAGCAAAAUAUUAAAUGUAAAAAAAAAAAAAAAAAAAAAAAAAAAAAAAAUUGAAAGAAGAAAAUAAUGAAACCUAUGAUUUUCUAAUUCUGACAGCUCUGCAGCAUAAACUGCUCUUGUCUCUUUUGUUAUAGUUGUUUGUAAAGGACGUUGCAAGCAGGGCAAGUCAGUACCACUCUUUACUCCCCAAAGAAACUGAGUUGGAUUAAUAGUAAUGCUGUAUGUUAGUUCAUCUCCGGGAGAGCGCCCCCUGCCUGAAGGACGGUGGGGCUUCAUUUCUGUUCCCCCCCCACCACCCCAGAACUUGUUUUUCUUAUGUUGAUUUUUUAAAAGAAGCUAAUCAUAUUGGACUCUGAAACAUUGCCACAUGCCCUCCGUGUGUGGACGGGCAGGUUCUCUGUUUGUGUAUGUACAGUUUGUCAAAAGAUUGUCACAUUGUUUUGUUCAUUUUUUUGUAUGAAACUGCAAUAGAAUUUGUGCAAAAUUUACCAAACCUU